AUGAGGCUGCUUAGAGAGGAAAAGAAGAUGUUACGGGGAAGAUUUUUAACCCACAGGCACAGGUGGAUUUUUAUACUCUCAUUUUUUCUGUUUUUGUUUGCGUCACCGGCUCGGACCGAGGGAAAUACUGUUCGUUACCAGACCAAUGAGGAGGACGCGCCAGGUACAGUCAUCGGAAACCUUGCCAAGGACAUGUCCUUGAGUGUGUCUCACUCCUCUAAGACCAAUUUCAGGAUGAUGAAACAAUUCAACGACUCAUUCAUCAGGGUGAGAGAAAGCGACGGGCAGCUCUCCGUGGGGGAGCGGAUAGACAGGGAGAGGAUCUGCAGGCACACUCUCCAGUGUCUCAUCACUUUUGACGUGGUGAAUUUCUCCAAAGACCGCUACAAACUGAUCCACGUGCAGGUGGAGGUUAAGGACGUUAACGACAACUCUCCGGAGUUUCCAAACAGGGAAUCUAUAGUGGAGAUUUCCGAGAAUGCAGCCGUGGGGUCCCGUAUCCCUCUGGACCCGGCUGUGGACGCGGAUGUGGGCUCAAACUACAUCCAAAGCUACCAAAUCUCUGUCAACAGUCACUUCACCAUUGAUGUGCUCCUGAGAGCGGAUGGGGUUAAAUAUGCGGAAUUGGUGCUAAUGAAGGAGCUAGACAGGGAGACUCAGUCAUUAUACACAGUGGAGCUGGUGGCCACAGACGGAGGGAACCCGAGCAGAUCGGGGUCAACAAAGAUAACUAUCAGAGUGACGGACUUUAACGACAACAGUCCUGUUUUUGACCAGAAUAGUUUCUCGGUCAGUUUGCCCGAGGACGCACAGGUUGGCACUGUCAUCCUGGACCUGAACGCAGUGGACGCAGACGAAGGCUCGAACGGGGAGGUGGUGUACGGCUUUGGGAAACAGGUUUCUCACGAGAUUAGAGAACUUUUCCAAGUGGAUCAUAAAUCAGGGCGCUUGACUCUUAAGAACCCGGUGGAUUUCGAGGAAAAAAGCACCUACGAGUUGGACGUCCAGGCGACCGAUCUGGGCGCCAACCCGACCCCCUCUGUGUGCAAAAUCAUCAUUCACGUGUCGGACGUUAACGACAAUGCCCCAGAAAUCAGCAUCACCCCAAUGACCUCCAUUAGCACGGGCGUUGCGCACAUCAGCGAAGCUGCAGACAAGGACAGUCUGGUGGCGCUGAUCAGCACCCUGGACAGAGACGCGGGUGUGAACAGCCAGGUCCACUGCACUCUAUACGGGCACGACCACUUCAAACUACGGCAAGCAUACGAGGACAGCUACAUGAUCGUCACAGCUGCAGCUUUAGACAGAGAGAGGAUCAGUGAGUACAACCUCACAGUCAUGGCUGAGGAUUUCGGGUCACCUCCCUUGAGAAAAAUCACCCAGUUCACCAUCAGAGUCAGCGAUGAGAAUGACAACGCCCCUCUUUUUACUAAAUCUGUCUAUGAAGUUUCUGUAGUGGAAAAUAACCCCCCAGGAGCUUAUAUCACCACAGUAGAAGCAAAGGAUGCAGAUUUGGGCAAUAAUGGAAAAAUCACAUACAGGCUGGUGGAUGGGGUUAUAAUGGGGUCUCCUGUGAACACUUUUGUGUCUCUGAAUUCAGUUUCAGGCUCUAUAUACGCUCUGAGAAGCUUUAAUUAUGAAGUGAUGAAACUGCUUGACAUCCACGUCCAGGCGAGCGAUGGGGGGUCACCACAGCUGCAGAGCACAGCUGUCAUCAGACUCAAAAUAGUCGAUCAGAAUGACAACCAGCCCUCUAUCAUACAGCCGCCCCUUUACAAAGGAUCUGCUGAGGUUUUCCUGCCUAAAGACGCACCUGCAGGUUAUGUGGUGACACAGAUUAAGGCCACAGAUGCAGACGAGGGCGUGAACGCACAGCUGUCCUAUAAGAUCGUAGAAGGGGGACACCUGGGUUUCUCCGUCAACAAAGACACAGGGAAGGUGCACGUGAGCCGGCAGCUGACGUAUGAUCUCACAGAUAAUGUCAAAGUCACAGUGGCGGUCAGUGACAAUGGAUCCCCGGCUCUCACCUCCACAGCUAUUAUACACUUCAGCUUCAUUGAAGGAGCUUUACCCAGCAUGCCUUCCUUGGCUCAAAAUGGCAGUGAGGAGUUCUUUGAAUGGGACAUGUCCAUAGCCAUCAUCAUCGUCCUGGCAGGGAGCUGCUCCCUCCUCCUGCUGGCCAUCAUUCUCAUCACAACCAUUUGCAGCCGCAGGAAAAAGGAGACCAGGGAGAGGGGGUACGAUGAAAAAGAAGAUGCACCAAAUGUGGAGAAAGUGGAGAGUGGUCACAUUGAUUCAUUGAUCGCCAGCCACAAAGGCAAAGUGUUUGAUGCACAUCCAUUUCCAGAGAAACCUCCACUGGCCAGCAGCAACACAACAGAGGCAAGCUGUGAGGAUGGCAGGCCGACAGCAGGCAUCUUUGAGUCCAACAGCAGAACCAUGGAGGGAAAAUUAAAGGGUUAUUCCACGCUUCCAGGAUACGGGAAAGAAACAGUGAGGCCGAUAACGAUAUGGAAGGGUAAUUCAUUCACGACUAUCUCAGCCAGAGAUCCACACAUCAGCGGGAAGGACAGCGGGAAAGGAGACAGCGACUUCAAUGACAGCGAUUCGGAUAUAAGCGCAGAUGUGCACAAAAAGGAGUCGCCGCCAAUGAACAGUCUCUGGGCAUGCACGAGCGAAUGCAAAGUCCUGGGGCACUCAGACCGAUGUUGGAGCCCCUCAGCCACAAGGCCCAACACGAGCAUGGCCUGUGGACCGCAUCUGUCAACAUUCUCCAAGACUGCAUCACUCCCCCGGGACAGCAGGAGGGAAAACUACUACCCUGCUCACUUACCCAAAACCAACGGGCUGCAGAGCGUGUACGAGAAAGUUCAACACCAGGAGUUCGAUUAUAUUCUGGUUGGUCCUCCAACGCCUGCUAGAAUACAGGAAACGGAUGAGAUAUCCAUCCCGGAGUACACAAACUCCUAAAGCCCCUUCAAAGAAAGGGAUCCUGUCUUUAUACUGUACAGUCCUCUUGUGUUUAAUGACUCUACUAUGUGGGAUCGUCGCAGUGUUUUGUAGUAUGUCGUGUCUUUGGGCUCAUAUAAGACUGUUCAUUGUA